UCUACUUGUAGACCAAAAAUUCAGCAAUCACAAAUAGAAACUAUCGAUAAAGUGUUAUUAGAUUGUUUCAAAAAUAAAAUUUUGCCAUAUCUAAAUAUGUUUAGUUUCUUUAAAAGCCACAAUAAGAAGUCGCCAAUAGCAUCUCCAGUUUCAGAAAGAGCAGAUGAUACUACACAAAAGAGUAGCGAUGAUUUUGUCGUCGUCCUGCAACCAAAUACCAUAUAUCCCAGUCCAUCGCAAAUGCCAUCAGUUCCUCAGUCAUCUCCUCACCCGUUUACUCGUCAGUUUUCUAUGUCUGUGAACUACACGCAAUCAGUUCCUUUCAAACUGAAUCCAGUAUUGAUGUCUGAUAGCAGUGAUACCGAAAUAUGGAACUUCAAGCUUAGAGAAAUGAAUUCAAUUUUACAACGAGUUAAUCAUGGCGAUUAUGAUUUUAAACUUGAGCGAUCGAUCAUGGAAUCAUAGGUUCUAAAAUAUUCAUGACACUUAUGUAUGCUAUACUAAUCCUUUUAUGUUUCAUAUGUUUUUAAUAAUUUUUUUAAAAUUUAAUAAUAAAUCCUAAAAUAAAACCAAUGUCUGUAAUGACUCAUCAUUGUUUAUAAACAAAGAGUGGACUACAAAUAAAAUAAUAAAAUUAAGAUGUGUGGAAUAUUUGCCAUGCUGUUUGCUGACAGACAGUUUUGCUUUCAAUUUUAUGAAAAGCAUAUUAAAGAACUACUUGCAAAUCGUGGUCCAAAUGACUUGAAAACUUUGUACGAAAACUCAAUAUUUUUCGGAAAUUCAGUUUUGUGGCAUCAAGGCGAGUCCCUAGUAAGUCUACCAAUAUACAUAAAUGGAAGUGACAAGAUCCUGCUAUUUAAUGGCGACCUAUUUAUGGAAAUCGAUGGAAGUGACACGUUGUACGUAGGAGAACUACUUAAAAAUGCUCAAAAUGAAAUGGACUUGAUUAGAAUAUUCAAAAAUAUUGCUGGACCAUUUAGCAUGAUAUUUUACUUUGAUAAGUCUCUAUAUUUCAUACGUGAUUCAUUUGGAAGAAACUCAUUAAUAAUCGGAAAAGUAAAUGAUUCUUUGUUCCUCACGAGUGUCUUAGAUCACCAAAAUGAGGUGAUUGAAGCUAUAGAAAUUCCACCUUUAGGACUGUACAAAAUUAAUUUGCAAACCAAGAAUGUCGAGCUGUUUCCUUACGAAGGACUUACACAUCCUUAUCACAUUGAGCAGCUGAAUUUCAUCAAUAAUAUAAUUAGUGUUGAUUUAAGAGAGCAAGUGAUCCAACCUGACUGGCUGCAUCUCAAACAGCCAUCCACAAGCCUUUCAUUCAAGGACAUUGAUCUUCCAGAGAACAGCGAGAACAUUUUUGAGUUUCUCCUUAGCAACGAAGCCUAUUCCAAAUUAAGUGACGAAUUUAUAAGCAUAUUGACAAAGUCAGUAAAAUAUCGAGUCUUAAAAACUCAAUCAGAGUGCAAGAACUGUAUAGGAAAUAAUAAUUGUAAUCACAGCAACAUUUCUGUGCUGUUCUCGGGAGGAGUUGAUUGCACAUUAUUAACAGUAUUAGCACAUAAAUUUAUUGAUAAGCGUAAACCUAUCGAUCUGUUAAAUGUCGCAUUUGAAAGAGUUUCGAAUAAAAAUGCAAACAUUGACUUUAACGUGCCUGACAGGCUUACUGGACUAGAAACCCUCAAUGAGCUUCAAAAUUUGUAUCCCGAAAGGAAGUGGAAUUUUAUAGAAAUUAACAUCACAAGAGUUGAACUUUACAAACACAGGAAAAAAUUGAGCAGCUUAGUUUAUCCUUUAUCAAAUGUCCUAGAUGAGUCUCUUGGAAGUGCAAUUUAUUUUGCCUCACGCGGUAUCGGAUUGCUAAAUGGGGAAACUUAUGAAAGUCCAUGUCGCGUGAUAUUGAUUGGAUCGGGUGCAGAUGAGUUGUUUGCUGGAUAUACAAGACAUAGUAAUGCAUUUAAAAGAAGCACAGCAGAACAAGAUCUUUUGACUAAAGAACUUGAGCUUGAUUGGAUUCGAUUGCCGUCCAGAAAUUUAGCCAGAGAUGAUCGCGUCGUAGCAGACAAUGGGGUUACAGUCCGUGCGCCAUUUAUUGAAGAGAGUUUUGUAAAUUUUGCUAGAAGUUUAAAAGCACUGCAAAGAUGCUAUCCAAAACUUCAGCAAGGAAUUGGAGAUAAAUUAUUGCUUCGACUAUGCGCCUUUAAAAUUGGACUUGAAAAUUGCUGUCGAUUCCGAAAACGAGCAAUGCAAUUUGGAAGUCGAAUAGCCGAUAAAAAACAGUCAGCUAAGGAUAAAUCGCAAUUGCUAAAAUAAUUUUAAUUUUUUCAAUAAUUAUUAACUUUAUUAUUUCAUGAUAUCCUCAUGAUUAAUAAUAAUUUAUCCAUUCAUUUUCUUACUUUAAUACUACUUGUUUUUUUUUUAUCUAAAAUUUGCCAAAUCCAAUUUUUUUUUCUUAAAUAUUUAUCAUUUUUUCUUACAAAAUGAAACAAAUUGCUAGGAAAGAAUCUUUAUGUAAAUUUUUCAAAUUUCAAGGCAUAUAUAUAUAUUAUGUUUUUUUUUGAAAUAUUUUUUAAGGUAUUAAAUAACCAAAAGUGAAUCAAUAAACGCAAAAAAUUAC